GCGAUGAUGAUGAUGACAACAGAGACCAGCUGGACAGAGGAACCUCGCAGACCAAAGGAAUCACAAGAUGGCUGCCGAGGAGAAGCCUGGUGUGAAGAGUAGCAGCUCCAUUGUGCCCUGCUUCCUCUUUGUGGAGUUGGUGAUCAUGGCUGGGACGGUUCUGCUGGCUUACUACUUUGAGUACACCGACACCUUCCCAGUGCAUAUCCAGGGCUUUUUCUGCUACGAUAAGAGCUUCUCCAAACCGUACCCCGGCCCGGACAACACCAGCAAGAUCCCACCCGUGCUCAUCUACUCCCUGGUCACGGCCAUCCCAACGCUCACGAUCCUGGCUGGAGAACUCUGUGUCUUCUUCACUAAAGCAGAAGGGACUCAGGAGAAGACCAUUGUCACUGCUGACUGCUGCUACUUCAACCCGCUCCUUCGACGCAUCAUCCGCUUCCUCGGCGUCUACGCUUUUGGACUCUUCACCACCACCAUCUUCGCCAACGCGGGUCAGGUGGUAACAGGAAACCAGACCCCACACUUCCUGUCCGCGUGCCGGCCCAACUACACAGCUCUGGGUUGCCAGUCAACACUGCAGUACAUCACAGAGCGCCGCGCCUGCACUGGCAACCCGCUCGUCGUCAUGUCCGCUCGCAAGUCCUUCCCCUCCAAGGACGCGGCGCUCAGUGUCUACUCCGCCGUGUAUACAGUGAUGUAUGUGACCCUGGUAUUCAAGACCAAAGGCACCCGGCUGACCAAGCCCACCAUCAGUCUGACCCUGCUCUGCCUGGCCAUGCUGGUGGGAGUGGUCCGAGUGGCAGAGUACCGCAACCACUGGGCCGAUGUGCUGGCGGGAUUCUUCACUGGGGCUGCCAUCGCAGUUUUCCUGGUGACAUGUGUGAUCAACAACUUCCAGCGCUUGCAGGCCAGCGGACCUCCUGCCCGACCCCAGCGGCCUGACUCCAUGUUGGGGGUUCCCAUGGUGACACUGCCCUGUGUGGAAAGUCCUCUUGAAAAGUUAAGUGGUCCUCAGGUAAGGGCCGGGCGGGUAAGAUGCAGAAUAAUUAUGGAGUUAACAUGUGUUUUUGUCUCCCACACGGUCACACCCCAAAGCAUGAAUCCUCCCGAACUCCAAACUACACAUGAAUCCUUGUGUCUAAAAAUGUUUACACAAACAGUUCUUGGUCUGUUUUGCAUGGAUCUGAAUAUUUGUGUAAACUGUGAUGUCACACUGAGGAGGAGUAAGCACAUAAGUUUAGGCUUAGUUAGUUUCUCCUGAAGCAGUUUUCCAGUCGUGCUCAGCCCAAUCAAACUUCAUGAGCUCUGUGAUCACUGCCUAUGCGCUUGUAUCAAAAAAUAUGAACCAACUGAUUCACAUUUGCUCGACGCAAGACUACAGAGAAGGUCUGUUUAUAAUUAAGAAGUUGCCGACACAAUACAUACCUCGAUACAUAGGCCACGAUACCUUGA